AUGACACUAAAAGUUGGUCUCUAUAAACAAAUCAACCGUCUCUCAAACAAUAUAUUUCUCAGACAUGGUAUUCCACCAUGGGCAGCGUGUGAUUGUAAUCGUGAAAAAAAUUGUCAAACUUGCAGAUCAAUUGACAAUCAUAGAAAAAGGGAGAUUGAGUUUUUUGCCAACAUUGAACACAACAGUUCAAAAAAGGACCAUUCAAAGAAAGACGGAACCUUUGAAUUGGUGGAUUCUCAAUCACUCUCUAUCAGUCAACAAGGAUUUUGUUCAAUAUCAAGCGCCAGAUUGGAGUUGUCACCAGGUUGCAAUAUUCAAUUUAGUAUGAAUCGUAUCAAAGAUGGUAUUACCUAUAGAAUUGACAACACUGAAGGUAUUGCAAGAGAACUAAAUACCUGUGCCAAAUGGACCAAGGAUCUACUAAGAGAUAUGGAUAAGAACCUUGGCUCCAAGGUCUUCAAUAGGGUUUUGGCUAACCAAGAGUUGUCUAGAUUGUUCUUGCUCGAUGAUGUUUGGAAGAUAUUGGUUGAAAGAAAAGAUCAUGCAAAAAGCUCAAAUGACGAUCGUAACGGAUUGGAAUCACGCCAAGUGAUUCUGCAAUUUGACAUUACAGUUGAAUUUCUAAAGCUUCUUUGGUUUAAACAAAGAGGCCGAUGUUAUUACUCGGGUAUCAUGAUGUUGGUCAAAACUGAUAGACCUCAUCAUCCUCUGCUACUGUCCAUCGAGAGACUCAACCCGUUGUUUGGGUAUACCUUGGACAAUACAGUCCUCAUUUGUUUCUGUUUUAACUCUUGCGCCACAGUGAAUACUUACAAAGACAUCCUCAAUCGUCAACAGUUGGCCAUCAUCAAUCAACAAUUGGAAAAGUUUUACCAAGACCCAACACUCAACCAAAAACAAAUCAGUGACUUGGAGAAACUCAAAAAGGAAAUGGAUAGACUCGAAUGGUUAAAGCUCGAAAGUGUUAAAAAACACUCAAAGCCUUUUAUCUACACUCCACAACUCAUUGAACAACUCGUUCAAAAGAGAAAAGAAAAAGAGGAGAGAAAACAAUUAAAUCUUGCCUCUAAAUAG